AGUUGGGGGGAGUUGGCCACGGUGGGAAGGGGCUUCUGCGUGUUUUGACCUCUGAGUCUGUGCUUGUGUUUCCCUGACGUUUCCGCUGCCGCCAGUUUAUUCUCCCACUCCCUUAUUAGACGUCCCAGACUGUUGUUCCCGAAGAAAAAGAGGUCACUGUUACUUUCUCAGAGGCUUGUUAAGGCUCAGUCCCGAAAGCCAGGUGCUGUGCUAGAUGCUGGGGCUUCAGCAGGCCCUGCCCUCUCGGAGGGGGCUUCCUCCCGAGGCUUUGAACCCUGCCAGCUGGUGGGUGUGUAUUUUGUCUGGUGCCUGAUGCCCUGUGUGACCAGCUCUGUGGUGGGGGGGCGAGCGGCUGCACCUCGGGGUCAUGGGCCUCAUCCUUGUCUUCUAGUGACUUUGCCACCGCGCUCUCCUUUUGAUGCACUGGGUAAGCAAUUCACUCAUGGUUCCCUGGUGGGAAGACAGAGCAGGCAGCCAGGUGGUGGUGUUAUCCAUCACUAUCCCCCACCCCCACCCCCCGGUACUGGUUGCAGCCUCAGCGUGGCUGACAAGGCAAAGAGCAGUUCACAGGGCCCUGGGGGUGCCAGGUAGGCCCAAGGCUCCCCAGAGAUACCGUUGUCACACCUGGGCCUCUCGGAGCCCAGUGCCUGCUUUGGUCAGGCUUCCGCCGUCCCCCGCAAGGCUGAGCAUCCGAGGGGCAGUCGGGGUUCCCACGUGCUCUGGGUUUCUGACAUCUCAGGAUGUGUUGCAGGCGGGGCAUCAUGGACGUGGAUGCUGAGAGAGAAAGGAUCUCCAGGGAGAUCCAGCAGCUGGAGAGGAUCUUGGAACCCUGCUGCUCGAGCCUCAGCGUGGAUGUCUCGGAGUCCAGUCUUGACUCGGAUUCGGAUGCAGAUUCACUGCCCGACGAGGACUCGGACUCAGACGCCGCUGGCCCACUGCUGUCGGAGGAAGAGAGGUGGGGUGAGGCCAGCAACGACGAGGACGACCCCAAGGAGAAGGCGCUCCCUGAAGACCCAGAGACCUGCCUGCAGCUGAACAUGGUCUAUCAGGAGGUGGUCCGGGAGAAGCUGGCGGAGGUCAGCCUGCUCCUGGCCCAGAACCGGGAGCAGCAGGAGGAAAUCAUGGGCGACCUCGAAGGUGUCAGGGGCCCCAAGGUGAAGGACGGCAGGAGCCCGCCCCCAAACCUAUACCUCGGACACUUCAUGAAGCCCUACUUCAGGGACAGGGUCACGGGAGUGGGGCCUCCUGCCAACGAGGACACGCGCGAGAAGGCUGCCCAGGGCAUCAAGGCUUUCGAGGAGCUCCUGGUGACCAAGUGGAAGACCUGGGAAAGGGUCCUGCUCAGGAAGUCGGUGGUGAGUGACCGUCUGCAGCGGCUGCUCCAGCCCAAGUUGCUCAAGCUGGAGUACUUGCAGAAGAAGCAGAACAGGGCCGCGAGCGAGCUGGAGAGGCAGGUCCUGGAGAAGCAGGCCAGGGAGGCGGAGAAGGAGGUGCAGGACAUCAAUCAGCUCCCGGAGGAGGCCCUGCUAGGCGACAGGCUGGACGGCCAUGACUGGGACAAGAUCUCCAACGUCAAUUUCGAGGGAGGCCGCAGCACGGAGGAGAUUCGCAAGUUCUGGCAGAACUACGAGCACCCGAGCAUCAACAAGCAGGAGUGGAGCGAGCAGGAGGUGGCCCAGCUGAAGGCCGUCGCGGCCAAGCACGGCCACCUGGACUGGCAGAGGAUCGCCGAGGAGCUGGGGACACGCCGCAGCGCCUUCCAGUGCCUGCAGCAGUACCAGCAGCACAACCCAGCCCUGAAGCGCAAGGAGUGGACGGAGGAGGAGGACCGCGUACUCACGCGGCUCGUGCAGGCCAUGCGCGUUGGCAGCCACAUCCCCUACCGGAGGAUUGUCUACUACAUGGAGGGGCGGGACUCCAUGCAGCUCAUCUACCGCUGGACCAAGAGCCUGGACCCCGGCCUGAAGAAGGGGCUCUGGGCCCCAGAGGAGGACGCGAAGUUGCUGCAAGCAGUUGCCAAGUAUGGGGAGCAAGAUUGGUUUAAAAUCCGGGAAGAGGUGCCAGGUAGGAGCGAUGCCCAGUGCCGAGAUCGAUAUAUCAGAAGGUUACAUUUCAGCUUGAAAAAGGGACGAUGGAAUCCUAAAGAGGUGGAGAAGUUAAUUGAAUUGAUAGAAAAAUACGGUGUCGGUCGCUGGGCAAAAAUAGCCUCUGAGCUACCCCAUCGGUCAGGCUCCCAGUGCCUGAGCAAAUGGAAGAUCAUGGUCAGGCAGCGGCAGCGGCAGGCCCAGCGGCGGGCCCCUCGCAGGGCGCACUGGAGCCCCAGCAGCGGGAGCAGCAGUGACAGCAGCUGGGAGGACUCAGAGCCCGAGGCGGCCCCGAAGGACGCCCCGGAGGAGGCCCCGGCGGGCAGCCCGGAGCCACCGCCAGCUCCGUACACUGUGCCGGACAUGGACCUGUGGGUGCCCGCCCGGCAGAACCCCGAGGAGCUGUGGGGAGCAGGCCCUGGGGGCUGCCCACGCCCUCCUGAGGGCCCCGACAUGGCCCCGGCCAUGGCCCCGGCCCCCGCAGGGCAGCUGGCCUCCAGGAGGCGGAGCACCAACCCAAGGAGCAUCAGGUGCCUCUGCCCAGCCAUCGCUCAGCGCUGGAGCUCCGAGGGGCCGCUGGGCAAGCAGGAGAGGCCUGGCUCAGCCCCGGGACCCAGCCCUGGCAGCAGCAGCAGGGACGAGGCCAGGCCCCGCGUGCGGCCACCAUGGGCCAGGACCAUGCAGCAGCGCCAGGGGCACGCUCUGCAGUGGAGGCUCCUGGAGCACAAGCUGCUGACGGCCGUGAGUCCGUGGGUGGGAGAGGUCGACCUGCUGUGCGUGCGCCCAAGGCCCGCCGUGCGGCCGCGUCGAGGACCGCCUGCCAGCCUGCUCUUGGGGCCCUCACCCCCUUUGUGGUCGAGUGCCGUGGCCACUGCCGUGGUGUCUGGGUGGCCCUGUUCAUGUGCCCGUGUCCCCUCAGCUGAUGGCAUCAGGAGACAGCUGCAGGGCGCCCACUUGGCCAGCACCCCAGUGUUCGCCCUCUUCAUUCAGCUGUUCCAGAUUGACACGCCUGGCUGUGUGGAGGUGGUUCGAGAGAGGAAGGCCUGGCCGCCUGCCCUGCUCCAGGCUGGGGCCUGGGACCCGCCGCCCCCGCAGGAACCCUCGAGUGCCCACAGCGACCCAGGCUGCCUCACCCAGAGCGUGCCGGCCCAAGGGGCCGCAAAGCAGGGCACCUACCCUGAGGUGGGCAGAGGGACGCAGGCCUGCCGCACAGCAUCCAUGCCCCCAGCACCCGCCCCGGCCCCGUGCAGACCCCGGCCCAAGCCCAAGACGGUGUCUGAGCUGCUUCGGGAGAAGCGUCUGCGGGAGGCCCGAGCCAGGAGGGCCGCGCAGGGCCCCGCCAUCGUCCCGGCCCGCGUGCUUGUCUCCUCGCCCAUGGUCCUCCAGCCGCUGGCCCCCCCAGCUGCCCCAGUCCCCAGCGUCAUGCUAUCCAGGCCUGGAGGCCCUCCGGUGACCAGUUCCACUGCUUCAGGCUCCUGGGUGCCAGCCAAGGAUGAGCAAGCCCCGACUCUGCACGCCUUUGCCCUCGGCCCGGCCACCUCCAGGGCCCCCGGUCUGGUUCCUGCGAGCUGCCCGCUGAGUGCUCUUGGACAGUCUCAGACCCCUGCCACGUCCCGGAAGCAGGGCCUGCCCGAAGUGCCCCCCUUUCUGCCCGCAGCCCCCAGCCCUGUCCAGCUGCCCAUCCAGUCCCUCAGCCUGAUGCCAGCGCUGGGCACGCCCACGGCAGCCGGCAGCUCUCUGCCUGUCACCUGGGUUCUCACAGCACAGGGGCUGCUCCCCGUACCCCUGCAGGCCGUGGUGAGCCUGCCAACGCCGACGGGGGCUCCUGACCCCACACGGCUGUCGGUGACCCUGCCGCCCUCGCCCACUGAGACCCCAGCCAGCCGGGGCCCCAGGUUCCCAGAGCAGAGCCGUCCUGGGCCGCCAGCAGCCAGCAUAGACUCGGAGCCAGAGCCUCCCUGCAGGACGGCGUCCUUGAGCAAGAGCCCCACAGAGGUGGCCGAGGCCGGUGGCCUUGCGGGACUCGCCUCCCCUGGGGAGGUCCUGGCGGCUGGGGAGACGUCUGCACCCACGACCCCCUCCCAGGAAACACCCCUGGCCCACCACCCGGUGACCAGGCCCCCUAGCUCCAGCCCACCGCCUCUGCACGGGGCCCCAGGGGCUGCCUCAGGGCCUGGGGAGCCCCGGCCUCUGGACCCGGAGGAGCCCCCGCUCUCCUGGCUGGGGCUGGAGAAUGAAGCCCUGGACUUGAGCCUCCUUUCCCAGGAGAGCGAGGCCGCUGCGCGGGAGUGGCUAUGGGGGCAGCGAGGGGUGACCGCACCCACCCCGGGGAGCCGGCUGGCCUACCAGCCACCCAUGCUGUGCAGCCUGCGGGCGCUGUCCAGCCUCCUGCUGCGCAAGAAGGACUUGGAGCACGGGGCCGCGGUCCUGGCGCCCGGCGGGCCGGCCGGCGCCCUGCAGGCCUCGCUGGGGCGGGUGCGCGAGCGGCUCUGCGACAGCCCGGCCUACCUGCUGCUGCGGGCGCGCUUCCUGGCCGCCUUCACCCUGCCAGCGCUCCUGGCCACCCUGUCCCCCCGCGGCGUCCCCACCACCCUGUCGGUGAGCACCGGGCCUGACCCCGAGACAGACAGUGACCAACUUGACCCGGAGGAGCCAGAGCUCACCGACAGUGACGGGGACCCCACCCAGGGAGCCCCGGACCCCGGCCAGGGCUCUGCCCCUUCCUGCCCGGACAGCCCCGACAACCCAGACGUGCUGCAGACACGGCGCUUGAGGCCCGUCCGCAAGCGGCGGCGGCUGCAGUGAGCCGCAGGUGAGUGCCCAGGGUCCCCAGCCCACCCUGGCUGCGGUGCUGUCGUGAGGUGUUGGGCGUGGCACAUGGGCCUCCCCUCCCCUACUCUCCCCUCCCAGGCUCCACAUCCCCACCCUCGCUGCUGCCUUGCGGCUGGCCCCCCUGUGCCCCGGGGCCACCGGCCCUCUGCCUGGCCCUGUCCUCUUCCCAUCUGCAAGGCCUGUCCCUUCCUCCAUUCGCCUCUCUGCUUGGCAGUGCGCUGCUCAGAUGCCCUCUCCUGCUCUUACAAGACAGCGUCCCCUUCCCGGUGCCCGGCCGUCCUCAUGGUGUCUACCCCCCUGUGACACCUGAAGUUCACCUGUGUGGGUCCAGCAUCUCACCCAGAAUGUGAGCCUUUGGGCAGGUGUAGGGUCCCGUGUGACUAGGUUGCCAGCACCAAGUAGGCGCAGCCUGGUGGGUCUUCAUGAACAGAGACUUGGGCCCAGGAGGAUGUUGCAGAAGCAGGAACUGCAGUCUCUGAGCUCCGUGGACGUGCUGCGGGAGGUCCUUGGUCCUGGAGUGGACGGAUGAGGGCGGCACACGGGGCCCUGGGUGGGUGGGGACCACAGAGGGGCCGCCUGCACUGGGCCCGCUCAGGCUCCAGGGCCUGUCCUCCACGUGGCCCCUCCGCGGACCGCAGGUGGGCAGUACGCCUUGCUCCUCCCUGCCUGGCCCCCCGAGGCAGCGCUGCACCUUUGCCUUGCCAUCCAUGGGGUCCAGCUGGGACUGGAGCAUCCUGUCACGAUGGUGGUUUUAAUGUUCUAGGACUGCCCAGGGCCAGCCAGCCAGUGCGGUUGACAGGCAGGGGGGCCUGUGCUGGACCCAGGCAAGCCUACCCGGGAGGAACGCUCCGCCAGCAGUGACUGCAUCGUCCCGGCUCAGCUGAGCCCCUAGGGCACCCAGAAUGCUGGAAGGAAUAAAGAAAUGUCCUGUUUGUGAUUAAAAGCAAGCCAUGGA